GGCCGGGACGGCGGUCCCGCUGCGAGCGGGAGACACACGGCGGGGAGGAGCAUGGACGGGACGGUGAGCUUUGCCCCAGGUCCUGCCUCCCCCCCGCUCUGGGCUUCCGUCCGGCUGGACCUCGUGGCGGCACUUGGCCGGGGCUCUGCCCCGAGCACCUGCGGGAGCUCUGGUUGCAGGACAUCCCCGCCUUCUCAUUGCCCCCGCCAGCGGUGUCGCCGGGCUGGGCGCGGACCCCGGCCACUGGUGCUACCUGCAGGGCACCAGUGGACCCCGCGCUGUCGCUGUGCCGCCCGCCGGGGCCCCCUCCCGCCGCCGCCGUCGCUCGGCUCCCCCACAGAGCCGCGGCCGGAACGCCCCGAGGACCGGCCCACCGAGCUCUCCGUUCUUCCCUUUGGACUCGUCUGUCCCCCCGGCCGAGCUCUGGUGGCUUCGCUGCCCCGCAGAGACUCAUCUGGGUCGGAGAGGCAGGCAGAGCACAGGAGCCCAGUUCUCAUUUUCCACUCCCAGCCCCCUCGGGGGUCUUUCCCUCAGCAGGGACGGACUUGCUCGUUUGGAAUCGCCCUCGCAUGGUCCUCUGGAGGGGAGGAUCCUCUUAACACCCUGUGUCUGGAGACACCCCUCAACCUAGUGCUGUCCUGUGACUACCUGACAUCUGGCUCCAGUGCUCCAGGAACAGCCAGGCUUCGUGUGGGAGAUUGUACCAUUUGAGAGAGAAUUUGUCUUUUGCCUCUCAGGUCUGUUUCCAGAGGGAGAUACACAGUCCCAGGUACUCUCUUGGGACAAACUGAUCCAUAUCUGUAGGAGACUAAUGCUCUGGAAGAUCUUCGCUUCAUACACGGGCAAAUCAUCUCAUUUUGGUGACGCGAUCUUGCUAAUGGAGAUUGCUAGUCACUCCUGCCUGUUCCCUGGGGCCCGAAGUCUUCUCUGUCUCCUCCAUCAGCAGGGCCUGUGGAGGGACCCUGUGGGCAAGUUGCUGCUGGGAAAGACUGAGGCAAGAGCAAGGUCAUUCACAGGUAGCAUGAUCUUGGGGGGUGUUUGUGCAGUGUCCUUUCCCAGUCCUGUCAGCACUGCCCUUCCUGGAGAGACUGGCUUCAUAGUGUUGCCCAUCCAGGGGAGUUCUGAGGCUUCUGAAGAGGACCCAGUUCCUUAGUGCUGCAAUCAACAACUUACAGUUUACUGUUGGGACACCACCAUGAAGAACCAACCCAUCUUCCCAGAAAGAGUCUCCAGCUCUAUGUGAGAAAGAAGCUCCCAGACUGGCCUUACCCCUAAAGACAGGAGCUGGAUCCAAAUGCAUCCUUGAUCUUAGAUCUGUUCCUGCUUCAGGUCAAUGACAGUAUCUGCUGCUAAUUCACCAUGACAUAGAACCUGGUCUCCUGUCCAUCCUCUUGGAUAAGUUUCCUGCUUCCUCUUGGUCUAUAUAGAUGUGACUCCGAGUGUUCAUCAGCUACCUAGUCUGCUACAGCGACCUGGGAUGCCAUCAGGAGCUCGAAUGCCCCAUCAGGGGGCUCCCAUGGGUCCCCCAGGUGCCCCAUAUGUUGGAAGCCCCUCAGUGAGACCUGGGAUGCCUCAGACAGUGAUGGAAACCACAAGAAAACGUACGGCACCGCAGCAGGUCCAGCAGCAGCAGGUCCAGCAGCAAGUGCAACAGCAGCAGCAAGCCACACAGAACCGAACUAGGAGUGCCAAGAGGAGGAAGAUGGCUGACAAAAUUCUCCCUCAGAGGAUCCGGGAGCUGGUUCCUGAGUCUCAGGCCUACAUGGAUCUGUUGGCCUUUGAACGCAAGCUAGACCAGACCAUCAUGCGGAAGCGCGUGGACAUUCAGGAAGCCCUGAAGAGGCCAAUGAAGCAAAAGCGGAAACUGAGACUUUACAUCUCCAACACCUUCAAUCCUGCCAAGUCUGAUGCAGAUGAUUCUGAUGGCAGUAUUGCCUCCUGGGAGCUGCGUGUGGAGGGGAAGCUUCUGGAUGAUCUCAGCAAACAGAAACGGAAGUUUUCAUCUUUCUUUAAGAGUUUAGUUAUUGAACUGGAUAAAGAUCUUUAUGGGCCUGACAACCAUCUUGUGGAGUGGCACAGAACUCCCACAACCCAGGAAACGGAUGGCUUCCAGGUGAAGAGACCUGGAGAUGUCAGUGUGCGAUGCACGUUACUCCUCAUGUUGGACUACCAGCCUCCCCAGUUUAAGCUGGACCCACGAUUAGCCCGUCUGCUGGGGAUACACACGCAGACCCGGUCAGCCAUCAUCCAGGCUCUCUGGCAGUACAUCAAAACAAAUAAGCUGCAAGACUCCCAUGAUAAGGAAUACAUUAAUUGUGACAAAUACUUCCAGCAGAUCUUUGACUGUCCACGGCUAAAGUUUUCAGAAAUUCCUCAGAGGCUCACUAACCUUCUGCUGCCACCAGACCCUAUUGUGAUAAACCACAUCAUCAGUGUUGACCCCAACGAUCAGAAGAAGACGGCUUGUUAUGACAUAGAUGUAGAAGUUGAAGACCCAUUAAAGGGACAGAUGAGUAGUUUUCUUCUCUCAACAGCUAACCAACAGGAGAUUACAGCACUGGACAACAAGAUUCAUGAGACAAUUGAAUCCAUAAAUCAGCUGAAAAUACAACGAGAUUUCAUGCUGAGUUUUUCCAAAGAUCCCAAAGGAUACAUUCAAGACCUUCUCCGAUCCCAAAGUAGGGAUCUCAAGGUAAUGACUGAUGUGGUUGGAAACCCAGAGGAAGAACGCAGAGCUGAAUUUUAUCAUGAGCCGUGGUCUCAAGAGGCUGUAAGCAGAUACUUCUACUGCAAGAUCCAGCAGCGCCGGCAGGAACUGGAACAAUCUCUGGGAGUGCGCAACACUUAAGUACUGCUCACCAGAUCCCAUUGGUAUCAUGACCACCAAACCAGUGGACUUUUCAGUGUUACUUAGCUCACUGUUACACAUGGACCCGCUUCCUGACUGGAUGAGAACGUGCCAUCAACACACCAGUCAGAACACCAGCUUUAGAGUGACCCUUGAAAAUCUUGCCCAAGAGGGGGUGUCUCAAACCAUUCCAGACCAGAGACAGUGCCAUACAAGUGUCAGUGUUUAAGAAGAUUAAUGGUUUAUUCAUCAACGUGCAUCAUUUAGUGGAAAGUUCAGACACUACACAGCAAAUCCUAAUGGGCUACAUACAGAGUCAUGGGUGGCAUUGAUGGGGGGGAAGUUGAGAUGGGUGUUAUAGGAGACUACAGCUUUAGAGAAAUAAAGGCAGUUCUCAUCCUAUGUUACCUAGGAGUCUCAAUUUGCCACUAAACAAGAUAGUCUUUCUUAUAGCUCUGGAAUGUUCUGUAUCCAUGAACAGAAUUUUUAUUCCAGCUGGACCAGUGCAAGAAGCCAUCUUGCCAUGUGAAAGAGCCAAUUAGGAGGAUUUUCCUUCCUGGAAAUGAAGAGCCACUCUGGAAGAGGGAAGUACAGCCAGGGUAUCUCUUCUGCAGACUCUCAAUACUUACUCUUUCCCUUGACCCUGCAGUGAAAGGUAGAAUGAAUUACGUAACACUAGGUGGGUAUGAUCAGUGUGCUGUACUGAGAGACAGAGAAUUACUCCCUGGAUAAUACCUGCUUACGCAUCCUUAAUAUCCAUGGCAGCAGCAAAGCUGAAGUUGGAGCAGGAAAUGAGGCAUUCUGAGAAAAUGAAAAUGACUUAAUGGUGCUUUGCUGAUACCUGCCUUGAACACAUCAGAUACUAACAGUAAGCAUGUGUAUAAAAUACAAUAUUUCCUAAAUCAUAGUUUCUCUCUGUGCCAGUUGGGAUCAACACUGAGAAGAACUUCCCUAAUUGUCAAGUUGGUGCAGAACACAAGAAGCUUGACUUCAUAUAACAUAGCAGUUUUCUCUUACUUCAAGAUAUUAAGACUUGAGUCCCUGGAUUGGUCUCACAUUUCAGUCAUGAACUGCCUCUUACUAGGAAUUACUCCGUUCCCCCAUACAUUAUACAUAGUGGUUAUAUAGGAUACUGCUGAGUUACAAAGCACUGUCAGCCUUAAAUAGCACAGAGAACAUAUCCCUUGGAAACCAUCUUCUUUCUAAAUGUACAAAAAAUUCAGACUGUGGGAAUUUGUACCAUAUUUACUUGGAAACAGGGACUUCUUCAUUAAAUCCUUCCCCACUCUCAUUUUUUAUAGUUUAUAGACUAGAUUGUAAUUAAUGGCCCAACAUGAUUUCUAGUCAGCUACCAAAUUAUAACUGGCCAGAUGAUGUGGCACUCAGAAUCCUCUUAUGGGUUAUGAUUGUUCAUUUCCUUUAAUUUUCUUGGAAAGAGAAAUUCACGUGGUGCAGAAUGGAGGCAGCUCUUCUGAAUAAUGCAUUUUGCUGUAGUUUUGCCUUUUUCUCUUCUAGUGUCUUUGCCAAUUUCAUUUGUAGUUGAACUUAAAAGUUUCUUCUGUCCAGUCACAGAAGUGAUAGUCUCUCCCAGCCCUUUAUUUAAUACCUCUGCUUUCACAUUAAUAGUGCCAUAGCAUUUACUCUGUCCAUUGUGUUCAGUGCUGUGUUGGAAAAUGUACAUUUGAUUGCAGUCAUAUAAUGGCAGUGCUGUCAUGCAAAACCACUGGGGUAAGUAAAAGCAUUUCUCUACCAAUUUGCCUGAGGCCUUUUACUAGGAAUGGCUUCCUUUGGAAUUGCUUUAUGUUAAAACCUCUUUUUACAAUAAAAUACGAAAUCCUGCAGUCUUGAGCUGGGUAUAGUGAGGGACUGUGAGGCUGCCAGACAAUGACUUUAAAUCUUACUUUAGGACUCUGCUAAUGAGACUACAAACAAGCAUUGUGAGGGAAAACAGUGGGGGUCAUCUGCUACUGUGCUUCCAUGUUUAUUACACUGCUGUGUCAGUUGUGUGCAUGCUGUCCAGUGUAUAAACUCUUUUCUGUAUGUGGUAAACAGAGCAGCUACAUUUAGGGGAUGCAUUCAGUCUCCAGGAAUAAGAAAUGCAAAGAAGGAUAUGGAAGGAUGUGCGAAAGGAGUGAGACUGGGGUAGAGGCCUGCAGGAUGUCUGCCAGCAAAUUCUGUUUUUUUGAGAACUUUCCACUGCAGUGGCAAAUAUUUCUGCAGAGAAAUUUCAGUCAUGUGGCAAAACUGGCAGCAUAAUGGUGUCCUAUCUGCUUUUAGAAUCUCUCUGUAGAAUAAAUUGUGUGGGUCUGUUUUCAACUGUCUUUCAGAGCAAGUUAAGGAAACCAAAGUGGUGGUGUGCCCAGUGUUCACAGCAUCAUUGCUGGAAGGUGAACCUGUGUUGAGUGCCAGAGCUGGGCAGGUGUCAGCCACUGUAGAGGGCAAUCCAAAAUAUAGAUUCUUACAUCCCAUUGUCCAUAUUCCUAUGUACACAAACAGCCUGGUCACCAGCAGUGAGUCUUGGGAAUAUCUGUCAGGUGUCUUUGGUUAAACAGGGGCUUGAGAUUUUGACACUGCUUUCCUGUGUUCAGAAGCAGUUCAGGCCUUUUUCUGAAGAAACAGAGAAAAAAAUUUGUCUUCUGUUCCAGGGGUGUUUAUUUGCAAAAAGUAGUAAUUACAUUUGAAGAAAAAUAUUUGAGACAUACUACGAGGAAGUGGACUAAAUGCUGUUUGAGCAUAUGAAAAGGAAGGGCAGUGGUACUGAACAGGCAUGUUACUGUGGCAGAUUUGGAACAAUAAAUUAAUUUCAGGAUGGUUGUCUUUUUGUGUUUGUAAAAGUUGAUAGGGAGGUCUUUUGGGGUCUUCAGUUGUUGCUCACUCAGUACAAUGUCUGUGCAUACUGCAAAAAACCCCAGUUGUGUGCACAAGAGUAGUUAAUGUAUAGAUGAUAAUAUAGAUUGUUAGUAUCAAACUAGGAAAGGGCUAAAACAGAAUUCUGGAAUGCAAGGAGUAUCUUGGAGCUGAAGUGUUGAUAUGGCAGGUUUGAAACACUUCUACAGUUCUUUGUGCUGUUGGCCAUGAAUCAGGAUUCAGACCAAGGGUUUGUUAGAAAUUAAGGGGAAACAAACAUUUGAUUAUGGAACAGAGGGAAGAAUACAGCAGUGGAAAACAAUAUACAAAGAUGGAGCAAAGCACCAAUGAAAUGUCAGUGAGGCAUAGCACAAGGUAAUGUGCAAAGAACUGUUGGAAAUACCACAGUAUGAGUGAUGUGGUGUAUUUUGUGUGCAUGUGUGGGUGCCUAUGAACAGAGUGUGUGUAGGUGAGAGCCAGUGUCACCUCAUGUGAAGCCUGGGAAACGGGUGUCCAGGACAAGGACCAGUUGUUCUGCAGUAACUCCAAGACACAUCAUCAGAAUGUUUUCCACUGUUUUCAACAGGGAUUCACUUGUUUGAUUUAGCAGCAUUGGUGGUUGUAGUGCAGACAUUGUUUCAGCUGGCAGUUUCUUUACACUUUAUCUAGAAUUUAUCCUGUGAACCUUAGUGAAAUUAGUGCAUAUAUCAACAUGGGUGCAUAUCCUAGCGCCUCUAAUUUUGCCAAAAUGCUAGUCAGGUAUUGGAGGUUUUUUUGACCUGAUUUGGUAUUGAGAACCCUUUCGUGGCAGUGCAAAGAGAUGAAGGGGAAAAGAAAGCUCUUUAUUUCCUGAAGAAAGGGAUCACCUCUCUGUAACUGCUCUGUUGUUCAAUAGGAUGUAUCUGUUCUGCCAGAUCCUGUAUGAUAAGCACCUUUUCCAAUCUCAUUGAAGAAAAGAACUCCAUUUAAAAAAUACAGCUGUGGGUUGUGAGAGUGAGCAAAUACAUGUAUAAAGCGGAGGGGGGGGGAGAGAGAGAGAAAAUCCCUCUACUCUGUAGCCACCACAUCUUCAUUGGUUGAUGCUGAGUGAUUCAUAGAAAAGCUUUUAACAAUAAAUACUUUGUUUCUUUGUA